AUGCUUGUUGUAUCAGAAAAACAAGAUUUGAUUCAUUUCCGACGUAUAAUGUUUGGUAUAUACGAUGGUGAACCAGCAGUGGAAGAUAUACUUUUUAACUCCUCUGACAAUAUACCACGUUUUGCCUAUUCUCUUUAUCUGAAUUUGAAACGAAACAUUAAAACAAUGAGUAGUCCAUGUUGUGUUGAUCCUGGUGCAAAACAAAUUCAUCAAGCACAAGGUCAUGAACAAGUAAUAGCAGGAGUAAAUACUUAUAAAACAGGUCAAGGAAAAUCAGCUAUCGUCAUAUUUACGGAUAUAUUUGGUUAUUCUUUUAUUAAUGUUCGAAAAUUAGCCGAUAGUUUUGCUCAAGGUUGUCAAACAACAGUUUUUAUUCCUGAUUAUUUUAAUGGAGAUCCAAUGGAUCCCAAUGAACCUAAUUUAUGGGAUUUAUUGCCUGGUUGGUUAAAAAAACAUCCUACAACAGAUGCAUGUGAUAUUGCUGAUAGAUUUAUUUCGACCAUCAAAGGCGAUUAUGAAUCAAUUCAAGUUAUUGGUUUUUGUUAUGGUGCUAAAGUAGUUGUUCAUUUAAUAACACAUCCUGAAUUGUCAUCGUUAGUGAAAGCAUCAGUUGUAGCACAUCCAUCAUUUUUAGUAAAAGAAGAGGCUAAACAAAUACGACGACCUAUUCUUUUUUUAUGUGCUGAAAAUGAUACUCUUUUCAUUCCGGAUCUUCGACAAGAAUUUGAAAAAGAAUUAAAUUCAAAUGGUCUUGGAACAUUUAUUGAAUAUCCAGGAACAUCUCAUGGAUUUGUUGUUCGACCAGAUGAUUCUCAACAAGUUAAUCAACAAAAAGAUAAAGCCGUUCAAGAUGCUAUUCACUUUUUUAAAAAGAAUCUUUAA